GAUUCACAUUAUCGUAUUUUUAUUUAUUUACUACAUAAUUCGAACGACAUCAAGGGAAUCAUGGCUACAAGAUUCAAUCCGUCUGCCGCAUCGAUGCAAGAGCGCAACCCCGUCCGAAGAGAUAUCAAUAAAGAUGAAAAGACUGAGAAGCUUAAAACAAUUUACUUGUACACUAUGAUGUUCCUCUCAAUAGCUUCUCCCAUUCUUUAUGAAUCUUCUCUCUUUGCUUGGCUUAUCAAUAUUAUUUGCACUAUUGCUCUCAUGAUAGCUGUCGUUCGGACACAUCCUGAAGAGGUUAAAAAGUUUGGCCCUGUGGUAUUGCCGACAGCCAGCUUGUUCUUGGUGAUGAUAGUGUUCACAAGUCGCGUAUCGCUAUUGGAAAUUAUGCCUUGGAUACCAUUUGCCUUUUCCAUGUGGCUUUUGAUCACCGUUUACUCUUGCCCAGCGACGGUAUUGCUUGUUCAAGAAGUCCUCCAAGGAGUCAAGUUGGAUUUACCAAAACAUGGCCAUUAUAUCCACAACUCUACCUGGGAUGUCGAGGAAGGCCAUGAUCAAGCUCCAAGCUUUGGCCUUAUUCAAAAAGAACCCCUGAAACUUGUAUCGAACUCUGCAAUGGAUCACGAACUUGCAUUCAUGGGUCGUCCCACUUCAAGCAUAAGCACAACGCCCAGCGACAUUGAUUUAGAUGAAGGUAAUGCAACCGCAAGAUUGGUAGGCGCCAGACUUCUGUCCCAAUUUCAAGAAGAUAGUCGCGAAUCCAUGGAGUUUCUGGAUGAAUUGAGGUUCCGCUCACAGGGCAAUCUUACAAACUCUCUGGACACAUCAGAUCAUUCUCUGAUGGGCCACUAUUUAACAAGCGGGUCGGCAUUCCUCGACCAUACUUAAUGAACAAUCCGUUUACAUACAGCAAAAGGGUACCAGACCUUACAAUACCAAUUUUUCCAGGUUCUCUACUGCCGAUUUCAGCCUAAAAUACCAAACGCUGUGGAUUUUCUGAGAUGUAUACGUUUUUCGAUUGAAUUCCAAGCCGGUAGAAAUCAUUCCGCAAAUGGAUCCA